AGCCGACAUCCGGGGUAUAUUGGCGGUAACGUCGCACCAUGGCUGCUCGAUGUAUUUUGCAAUUGGGACGAACAACACGUCACUUGACUGUCGUCCUUACCUGCUGCCGGUCUCUCGUUUCUGUUUCUAUACCAGAAGCUCUGCAACGUCGUCCUAAACGUCCACUGAAUGCUUACUUUAUCUUUUCUCAAGAACACAUGAGUCACCUGCAACAGGAAAAUUUUGACUUAAGUAUUACAGAAUUGACAAAACUGAUGGCAGAACGGUAUCGUCAAUUGGAUGAAUCAACUAGAGAGAAAUAUGCCAGACACGCUCAGGAAGCUAGUGAAAAGUGGAAACAAAAUAUGCAGUAUUAUGCACAAGCACUGACUGAUGAUGAAAAACUGCAAAUCCAGAGGUAUUAUGAGGCAAAACAGGAAGAGGCACAGAAGCGACAGAAGAGACUUGAAGCUCGUGCACGGAGAGCUAACAUGCCUGCUCGUCAUUUGAGUGCGUAUUCAUUUUUUGUAAAGGAUUUUAUCUCUAUUCAUAAAUCGACUUAUAGUCAACCUCGUGAGACGAUAAGAGCAGCUGCACAGCAGUGGAAUCAAAUGAGUGAGGAAGAAAAGGAGCCGUACGUAGACAGUUCAGCUGAAGACAAAAUAAGGUAUGACAAUGAGAUGGCUCAGUAUGAGAGUGAAAAGCCAGCUAAACCACCUCGACGACCGCCUACCUCAUUUGCUUUGUUUGUCAAAGAGAAGAUGUCUAGUGUCCAGGGUUCGAGCAUUCAACAGGUGGCAGAGCAGUGGAGAAACAUGACAGAUGAAGAAAAGAAGGGUUACAAAGAUAUGGCUGCAGGCUUGAGGGAACAAUAUGAAAUGGAAAAAGUUGGCAAUGAUGAAAAGCGAUCAUCAUAAUUGUGGUUGGCAUGCUGUAUGUUCCUGCAAAUGAUACUUGUAUGCUGAGACAUUCACAGUUUUCAAAAGUGGGAUCAUCAUGAUUGCCCUUGUAUUGCCAAAUUAGAGUUGCCAUAUAGUGCAGUGUGUUUUAAAAAGGUUGAUGGUGUUGGCAAUAUUUAGUGGCUCAUUUCGAUGCAUGUAUGAGAACUUACAUUUUAUAAGGAAAUCGUUUGAUCGUUUUGGAAAUGUUGGGGUUUUGUCGUAAGUUCUGUUUGUAUGUUAUACUACUGUGGUUGGUUUUGUAUUAGGUGGUGAGUUUUAAUCGUUUAUGCUAUUACAAGCUGCAAUAUGGACAGGACCUAGGCCUUCUAGUUUCUUUCAUGCCCCAUGUGAGUGCAGCCUUGAGCUCUAUAGUUCUGCGUUAGAGAACAUGGCUAUGAAAUUUAGUUAUGAAAAGUUUUUAUUGGUAUGGGUCAUGAGUUUUGUCAAAAUGCGAAGCUACCUGAAAGGAGACUAAUCAUGAACUGAGGUGUAGAUUUUAUUUUUAAUGAUAAUUAGGUGUUUGCUUCCUUGGAGUUAUCACAAACGUAGCCUUAGCAUUAGAAAAGUUGUUCUUUUAAUUUUAUUGUUUGCUAUGCAAAAACUU